AUGUCGUCCUCAAUAUCUGACUCUUCCACCCGCAAUCGAAGUGCUUCCACCGAAGGUUCCGAGCUGCCUGAGCAUGAACACAAACGUCCAAGGCUGAGUGAUACCAAGGCUGAUGCAACGCAUGUCAUGGUCGAGCUACAGCAAACCAACCCCCAUCCCGCGCCUUCCAUGCCAGUGACAGUGUCUGUUGCGAAUGCCAACAACGGUGACGAACGAUCUCAAGUUCCAAUCCAAACUCCGCCCUUACCUCCCCGCUCUUCCAUCCCUCCCGCCGUCAUCUCUCCUACCAGCAAAGUCACCAUCAACACUCGUCCACUGUCUUCUCAAUCCGUUACACAACCCACGACAGAGAUGGAUGAACCCGACAUGCCAUCGAAUUCGCUCACUUCAGAAGGUCUGACUGUCUGUGGUGAUGGUUCUAACCGAACGUCUGUCAUGCGGCCUGAUUCCACUGAACAUCCAGAGACCAUCUCUAUCCCUUCCUCACCCAGCAAGAGUCCUGAGAUCGAGGUUGCUGAAGUUGAGGAUUACGAUCAAGAUCCUGCACAAACCAGAUGGACGGGUCGUAUCGGCGGAAGUGCUCCCUCAUCGGCGCUCAAAUCCAUUCAACCUGGACAUGUUUAUCGGACGUUCCCCUUUGCGUCAGAGACUACUCCUGGCAAUACUCAUCGAAUGGUUGCUCGCAUGUCGGAGCGAUUUCAGCAUGCUGGUGCCCAGGACGGAGAGAUCUUUCGUCAAGUCAAGAAUUGGAUGGCUGACUUUGUCAGUCUUUGUGACGAGUUCCCUGCAAGAUUGAUUGAUGAAGAUCGAGAGUUCUGGCUGCGACUCCCAGAUCUAGUCGAAGGACUUUUGAGACGCGAUACAGGUCCCCCUGCCCAGGCUCGAAUCGAAGACCUGGUCGACUUCUUUGUUGCCUAUGGUCAAAUCGCAAAGCUCCUUGCCGAUUAUGAUGUCCGAGUUCUGCAGACACUCUCCGCCGAUACAGACUCGCGACGCCUGAAAGGUGUCGGCUUGAUGUGCGAGUCGUAUCUGCAGCCACUCUCUUGGCUUCUGCAACACAAGAUUCCGUUUUAUGAAGCGCUUCGCCGUCACGCCAAUUUUGGUAUCUCUCAAUUCAUCGCCCUUGUUAUUGAUAGACUGGGCGAUCAUUCCACCGUGGGCUUAUUGCCUUCCCUCUCAACCCUGCUGUCCGAAAUCUGUGCUGUCUUACCCAAGCGGCCGGAUUAUUACCGAUAUUUCAACGUCGUGUUGAUGGCAACCCUCCAUCUCAUGGGGCCCAUGGCUUGCAUUGUCACCGGAGAGCCAGGUGUUCAUUAUGAAGAGAUCUCAAACCUUGAUCAGAUUCGCGAAACUGCCGCCGAGAUCGCCUUGAAGGCCGACAAUGCCGUCCAGCAAGCCAUUGUGAAGCAAGCUCCUUGGCUCAACCUCGAGACCGCUCCAAAAGUCAUUGAACAGCUGGGUCCGCUGAUGCACGUGAUUGGAGUUGAAGUUCCUCAAAUUGGCCAGGACAUUGUCUCCACAGCAGGGGUUGGCUUUGUGGAUUCCGAUUACACAGAUCUCAAAUACACAAUGUCGCACGCGUGGAAAUUUAAAACCUUUCGAAAAUUCAUCACCAACGGACGGAUGGAGCUUCGGGUCUAUGGUGUUGAACUGAUGUCCACUGAACUUAUCACAGUCUACAACGAGCAUAUCAAAGGAAAGACGGCCGCGAUGACCAACCCUUUGGUUCGAUUCCUGGUCAAAUUUAUCAAAGAGAAUCAGCUUGUGGACUACAUUGUGGGCGUGGACUCUCACCCCCAAUUGAUACGCCGUAGUCAUAAUGUGGUCGGCUUUCUCUGUGUCUCCGGUACUUACACGGAUGCCGAUACCGACCUCAUUUGGGGAACAAUCGCGGAGAGUCAAGAUCCGAGAACCGUUCACGAGGUGUUCAACCUUCUCCAGAUGUGUUUCAAUGUAUACGACCCCCAUGCACUUUCAUACAUCUGCCAAAAGUUGCUGGAAUACCCAUUUGAUCGCUUCGAUCUUCACGUUUUGCAAUUCACUGGGAAUCUACUGGAUCACAUGAGACAUCAAGUCGGUUUGUUGGGACCACAACCUGGGCCUAUAACCGAUUCGAUCACGCGGACACUCUGUAUUAGACUCUUACGGGAAGCGUCAAUGGAGGAAUACAUGUCGUUGGAACAGGCUGCGGCCAUUCGACGGGAAUUUUCUCACCAGAUGAAGAAUGUUUUCUCGCUCGGUCGCGCUGAUGCUGCCUUGCUUACCAUUAAUGAUGACGAGAAGAAUCAGAUUCUCCGUGAAGCCGCGGCAAACCUCAAAUCUCAUAGCAACCAGUCUACCGGCGACCUUCAAGUCUUGGAUUGCUUGUUUUCAAUGUUGAGACCAGAUACGAUUCAGGAGACGCUUCAAAAGUUCGAUCUGACAGCACUGCUCGUUGCCGACUUUGCACAUCUUCGAGAUCGAUACGACUCCACGAUCGCGAACAAUGGUUCCCUGUCCUCGUUUGAGGUGCUCUACGACAUUCGUGCAAAAUUUCUUCAAUAUUUGAUUCUUUUCGCGCCCGAUAGUUUCACGGAUGAGCUGCUGGACUUGCUCUGGACAUCUUUCAUCACGGCAAAACGAUUAUCCUUGUCGAUUCGAGAGAAAGCGUGGGAAACACUGCACAACGCAGUGAGAAUGAAGCCGGCCAGAGAUGACAAUUCGUUUCUGGAUUCCAUAAUCAACAAAUAUUUGCAAUGUCUUGGACCUCAGGAUUAUUGCGAAAAAUUGUUGGACUUCAUCAAGAUGUCAGUCCUUUACACGAUUCGACGCUCUCCACAACAUCUUCUAGACUCCGACGAUGUCGUGGACAUACCUGGAAUCGACAGAAUCUGGAAAGUCAUGUUGGAAGCACCUCCAAACACGAUUGAGAAUGAGGCCACGGACUACAUCAUUCAACAAUAUCUGGACCAUAACCUUAUCACGCGACGCUCGAAGGCCGUCAUAGAUGCCACUCAUUCUUCUUUGAUUGAUCGCUGCGUACAGCAAGUUAUAUCAUCAGCCUCCCGACUCAAAUCGUACACUGACGGCACCGUCAGUGGUGAAGAUGAGCCUAUGGUCAUCAUCGCAUCUGAAGAUGAGAUCCGAGCCGAAGAACUUCGUUUUGAUCGAUCUUUGUUGUUUCUGAGGAGAUUCCUCGAGGGCAUGAAGUUACGACCCCGAUACAGCCCUGCCCCAGGUGAACAAGCACCCGGUCUUCCAGAAUUCACCAACAAGAAGGGUGAGCCUAUGGAACUGAGCAUACAAAUUUGCGCCAGCAAGUACGUCACUCCAGAAAUGCAGAAAGUGGUGGUCGGCUCCGAAAACACCGAGGACGAACUGUGGAAGUAUCUUUCUGACACCAGCGGCUUCGCACAGUUCACAGUGUUCCAUUUCGGACGUCCAAUUGCGCUUGCGGACCAGCAUAAACCGUUAGGAGAGUCAAGGGUCUCUAAAGGACUUAUCCUAGUCAACAGAAUCGCCAAUUCGCCAGAAAAUGUUCCGGCCCGCUCAAUUCGAGCUUCUUCGCCGGUUGAUAGCAAGAUUAUGCAUCAUUUUGAUGACCUGUACGGCCUUCUUGAUGCUGAUCAGCGACUUUCCAGAGAAAUAUACAGUUUUCUGAGUCUCUUUUCUGCUCAGACGGAAGUUGUGCGCAUAAUACGAUCAAAAGAAAAGUCCCCUGAAGAUCUACUGCCACCGGACAAGCCUUUCAAGCUCCUAUAUUGUGCGAGAGCUUUGCGAUCCUGCAUCGAAUAUGAGUCAUUCAGCUCCAGUCCGGACACUCAAUUUCUCAUCUACAGUGUCCAGACUAUUGUGACGAUUUUACCCAAGUUAGAGCUCGGCAACUCCAAUGAUGCUUUCCAGAUGUCCAUUGUUCAUGGGUUGGUUGAAGCUCUUCUAUUAGCGUUCCGCGCCAAAGUGCCGGCGGAGAUCUCACGCGAGUACAUUCAAAAUCACCCGGAGUUUGCAGUUCAAGCAUCGAAGUUGCUACGUUUCUCCUUAGUAAGCAACCACGUCAACAUGGAUGAGCUUUCAACGUCCGUCAUGGUCAAGCUGAUCUUGGAGGCUUUUAUUGAAGGUUGUCUGCACGAUGAUCGCAUUUGGGAUCAGGUCGAUUCUGAGAUCGGCCUAGAGGAAUUGAUCAUGGCUGCAUUCAUCGACGAUCCUCGUGCUGAGGUACGACAUGCCCUUCUGGAAGUUGUGGUUGGCUUGACCGGCGCGGCCGGAACCAAACUACAUCUUAAAAUCAACGAUCCCAGAGCGCCACGAUCUCGUUUUCCACCGGCAGCCAUUGAAGCGUGUCUAUCGCAUCUCUGGACCGUCUUGGCUGAACUGUUACCACGUGCCUGUGGACAAGCUGAUCGAUGUCCCGAGUUUUGUGAGACAAUGCUGGCCAUCCUGAGGAGAAUAGGCAAGUCAUUCCCUCUCGAAACUUUGCACCAAUACCUUGAUCAGUGGACCUCACUUCUUUUGAAACACGAGCAUUUUGAGAUUGUCGGUCAGCCCCUGAGAGACCACGUGGUGGCAUGCCUCACCAAACUCCUCCUUGAAUGCUGCAAAUUGUCGAAAGCGGCAAAUUCUCUUCCGCCCAGCAAUCAUAUCAUUGACGAGAUAAUUUCGCAAUUCCUCUUUCCCCCACUCUCCGACAAUGGAUUCGUUACGGCAGGGACCGUCAAAUUACCAGUGUUGGACGGAGUGGUUCGUAACAAUCUAUACAGUCUCGUUCUCGUCCUAUGUCAAGGUCCUCAAGAUUUGGCAACAAUUGUCAAGAAACUCGAUGACGACCUGCUUCCGAAGGACUUUUUUGAACCAAUGUUUGGUCAUGACCGCCAGAGCCUCCGCACGGACGUUGGAUAUGCAGGCCUGAGGAAUCUUUCCAACACUUGCUAUCUCAAUUCCCUCUUUGCACAGCUCUUCAUGAACGUCCAAUUUCGGGAAUUCUUCCUGAAUAAUCCCAGUCUUGAUGAUUCGAAUCAGAAACUCGUCUUGGAGCUUGCAAAGGUCUUUGCGCACAUGCAGAACUCUUACGAAAAAUCGGUUGAUCCAUCUGGAGCGGUUGAAGCAAUUACGACCUAUGAGGGCGAGCAAAUCGAUGUCUCUGUUCAGAUGGACGUUGACGAAUUCUUCAACUUGCUUUUCGAUCGUCUCGAAGGCCAGAUUGAUCAUCGGACCAGAGGUUUAUUCAAAUCAAUCUAUGGCGGCCAACUAGUCCAACAAGUGAAGUCCAAAGAGUGCGAGCACAUCUCGGAAAGAUUGGAGCCCUUUUCCGCUGUCCAGGUGGAGAUCAAAGGCAAAGCUCGAUUGGAAGAUAGUCUUCGCGCUUAUGUCGAGGGUGAAGUUCUCCAGGGUGAGAAUAAGUACUCGUGCACUUCUUGCGGCCGCCAUGUGGACGCCGUCAAACGUGCAUGCCUCAAAGACGUCCCCGACAAUCUCAUCUUCAAUCUGAAACGCUUUGAUUACGACAUUAUGACUGGCAUGCGGGCAAAGGUGAACGAUGAAUUUCAAUUCCCGGAUACCCUUGACAUCGCUCCAUAUACUCUCACCAGACUCAGCAAUGAGGGACAAGCGGGCGAACCAGACUACUUCCAACUCACGGGAGUCAUAGUUCAUUCCGGGACGGCCGAUUCAGGUCAUUAUUACUCGUUCAUCCGCCAGCGACCUUCUGUGAAAGCUCCACAAGAUUCCUGGGUUCAGUUCAAUGAUCAAGAUGUGGGCGUUUUUGACCCUGGUCAGAUGCGAGAUAAUUGCUUCGGUGGCAACUCCGAAGCUGGCUUCUAUCACAUCCCCAAAUUCUACAGCGCUUACAUGCUGUUCUAUCAGAGAACUUCGAGCAUCCGAAAGGUCGAGCAACAAUAUCGCCAACAUGAUGCGAUCAACCCUGUCCGGAUUCCUCUUCCCUAUCGGAUGGAGCAGUACAUUGCUCAGCAGAAUGAGCUCUUCUUACGGUCAUACUGUGCUCAAGAUAGUUCGCACGCGCUCUUUGUCCGUCAGUUGCUCGAGCGGAUGGGUUCAGGAGUCGAAAAAUGUAGUGAAGACCAUAUCCUCGAGUCUAGCAUGAUCGAGAUGGUCUUGGAAUAUGUUCGUCAGAUUUCCUCCCGUUGGAAAGAUUUGCCCUCGGUCGAAGACACUAUCAGAGUUCUCGUCCAUUACGCGGAGCGUUGCCCCAAUUGCGCCAAAACCAUUGCCCAAUGGUUCACUUCGACCAGAGUCCUGGAGGAUGUGAUUGUCCGAAGCCCGUACCAAGCGGUUCGGAAAUGCUUUGGCAAUUUGUUCUGGAUUGUCUUCCACCAACUCCAUUCCCUCAAACUAGCAAUGGGGGAAAACGAGGACGACUAUGUUGACUUGGCGACCAGCUAUGCUCGAUGGCUCUCUUCUGCUCUAGCACAAUUGGCCAAAUUGUGGGAUGUGGUGACCAAGAGUGGCCGAUGCUGGGCUGACUAUUUUAGCAUUUUAAAUAACAUUCAGAGUCUCGGAGACGAGGAGGUCACCCUUGUUCUGGAUGAAGAGUUUCUCGAAAAAUGCAUUGACGUCGUCAUGAUGCAUCUCAACAACCCCACCGAUUUUCCCAUUUCUAGGAAAUUGAAGCAGCGGUACGCCAUCUAUCUGACUGCACGGGAGAAAAAUCGACCUUUCAAUCACGGGGUUCUCAUUCGCUUUUUGGUCAAUCUGUUGAUGCGAGUCGAUCUCCACCACAUGCCAGAAGGGGAUUACCGUCUCUCUGACAAGAAGGUUGGCUUGACCCCGAGUGAACUUGACGCGCUUGGGUUGGCACGAAUGCCACCUAACUUGGAAUGGAUCAGACGGCUUAUUGCUGGCCGGCAAAAUGGCGCAGCAAUUGAUGCGCUGGUGGAAUAUCUGGCCGGCGACCGGAGAUUGGCUGGUUCUCUGGCAGAAAUCCUUCUCAAAGGCCUGAAUGAUCGCAUCAUUAACAUUGCCGUGAGCUUUCUUCGGCCUGUUAUCAUCUUCAGUGAGAAUUGUCAAUCUGAACAUCAAAUUCUUGACCUUGUGCAAGCAGCUCUUGAGAGCAUCUCAACCGUCGGCGUUGACUACGGUAGGGAAUAUUUCGAGUUCGUCGACGUUUUGGUCAAACUGGACAAUCGUUUCAUCGAUGCCGAGUCUGGUUUCUUGUUGGAACAGAUUUUGCAUACCGUCCCUAACUGGGCGCCCACGUUCCUCCUCGCACCGAGCGAUGGUCAGAGUAACAUUCGCCAUGCCGCGGUGGACUUGUUGAGACGGAUUUUAUUCAAUCCUCUCCAAGAAGUUGAGAGCCAAGAUCCACAGACCUACACAACGUAUCGCAAUAUCUGUCAAGAACUUGCAUCUAACGCGCAGAAUUUUGCGCAAAGCACCUUCUUGACUCCUCGAAGCAGAGAAAGUACUAUCCUCCAGCCCGGCCAGAUUAGUCAACUCAUCGAUGUAGUGGAGCAUUGCUUGCAAUUCUUUGAUAUCGAGAACCCACUGCAGGAAGAAAAGAUGAACGAGGUUCAGAAUACAAUGGCUGCGUUGAGAGCCAAAGCUGAGUCGGUUGUUGAGACGUUGAGCUCCGCUGACUGGCAAGAGAACAGCAGUGAAAUGGCUGAACUCAGUGCCGAGGAUUAUGAUGACCCGCCCAGUUCAUGA